AUGGCUGCCAAAGUGGCUCUAUCUUCUUCUCUCAACACUCAAUUUCCUGCCCUACCUAAAGCAUCAUCAUUCUCUUCUGUAGUUUACUCUCUCAGUUCAUCAGAGAAAAGGUUUCAUCAUUUCAAAAUCCAUGCAAACCUAGGAGAAGGAGAUGGAGAACUCAAGCCGAAAGAGAAGAAGUUUAUAACCAGAGAAGAAGAACCAGAACAGUAUUGGCAAACUCCAGGAGAACGGGAAGGAGAGAAUCCCAUGAAGACACCUCUUCCAUACAUCAUUAUAUUUGGCAUGUCAACUCCUUUUGUCAUUUUAGCCAUUGCUUUUGCUAAUGGCUGGAUUAAAGUACCCGUAAGAUGA